CUGUGGACACGCCCUCGUGGCGAGGCCGGGCUGCCCGGAGGGAGGAAGCACCAGAGCGGCGGCCGGUCCUGCGCGGAGCCCGGCGCCCCUCCAGCCCGAGCCAGGACGCCGCCGGCCCCGGCCCCGGCCCCGGGCACGCAGCGAGCCAGGGAUGUGAGCGGCGCCCCGCGGCAUGGCAGCCUCAGGGGUGCCCAGAGGAUGCGACAUCCUCAUCGUCUACAGCCCGGAUGCCGAGGAAUGGUGCCAGUACCUGCAGACUCUGUUCCUGUCCAGUCGGCAGGUCUGCAGCCAGAAGAUACUGACUCACAGGCUGGGCCCCGAGGCUUCCUUCUCGGCAGAGGACCUAAGCCUUUUCCUCAGCACCCGCUGUGUCGUGGUGCUGCUGUCCGCGGAGCUGGUGCAGCACUUCCACAAGCCCGCCUUGCUGCCUCUGCUGCAGAGAGCCUUCCAUCCUCCGCACCGCGUGGUCAGGCUGCUCUGCGGCGUGCGGGACAGCGAGGAGUUCCUAGACUUCUUUCCAGAUUGGGCCCACUGGCAGGAGCUCACCUGUGACGAUGAGCCAGAGACCUACGUGGCAGCUGUGAAAAAAGCCAUUUCCGAAGAGACAGAGUCUCAUAAUGCUGCCCAGGCUGGUCCGAAACUCCUGAGCUCAAGCAAUCCUCCCGACUCGGCCUCCCAAAGCGCUUGGAUUACAGAUUCUGGCUGUGACUCAGUCACUGACACUGAGCCUGAGGACGAGAAGGUUGUUUCCUACUCGAAGCAGCAGAGCCUGACGACGGUGACUUCUCCUGGGAACCUGAUGGUGGUGCAGCCGGACCGCAUUCGCUGUGGGGCAGAAACCACUGUCUAUGUUAUUGUGAGAUGUAAGUUGGAUGACAGGGUGGCGACGGAAGCAGAGUUUUCUCCUGAGGAUUCUCCCUCUGUAAGGAUGGAAGCCAAGCUGGAGAAUGAGUACACCGUUUCCGUGAAGGCUCCCAACCUUUCAUCUGGGAACGUUUCUCUGAAGAUAUAUUCUGGGGACUUAGUGGUGUGUGAAACCGUUAUCAGCUAUUAUACUGACAUGGAAGAAAUUGGGAAUUUAUUGUCCAAUGCCGCGAAUCCUGUGGAAUUCAUGUGUCAGGCCUUUAAAAUUGUGCCCUACAACACAGAGACCCUUGAUAAACUGCUAACCGAAUCCCUGAAGAACAAUAUCCCUGCAAGCGGACUGCACCUCUUUGGAAUCAACCAGCUGGAAGAAGAAGAUAUGAUGACAAAUCAGAGGGAUGAAGAGCUGCCCACCCUGUUGCAUUUUGCUGCGAAGUAUGGACUGAAGAACCUCACUGCCUUGUUGCUCACCUGCCCAGGAGCCCUGCAGGCGUACAGUGUGGCCAACAAGCAUGGCCACUACCCCAACACCAUCGCUGAGAAACACGGCUUCAGGGACCUGCGGCAGUUCAUCGACGAGUAUGUGGAAACGGUGGACAUGCUCAAGAGUCACAUUAAAGAGGAACUGAUGCAAGGAGAGGAGGCUGACUCUGUGUACGAGUCCAUGGCCCACCUUUCCACAGACCUGCUCAUGAAAUGCUCGCUCAACCCCGGCUGUGACGAGGAUCUCUAUGAGUCCAUGGCUGCCUUUGUCCCAGCUGCCACUGAAGACCUCUAUGUUGAAAUGCUUCAGGCCAGUACAUCUAACCCAAUCCCUGGAGAUGGUUUCUCUCAGGCCACUAAGGACUCUAUGAUCCGCAAGUUUUUAGAAGGCAACAGCAUGGGAAUGACCAAUCUGGAGAGAGAUCAGUGCCAUCUUGGUCAGGAAGAAGACGUUUAUCACACGGUGGAUGAUGAUGAGGCCUUUUCUGUGGACCUGGCCAGCAGGCCCCCUGUCCCAGUGCCCAGACCAGAGACCACUGCUCCUGGUGCUCACCAGCUGCCGGACAACGAACCAUACAUUUUUAAAGUUUUUGCAGAAAAAAGUCAAGAGCGGCCUGGGAAUUUCUACGUUUCCUCAGAGAGCAUCAGGAAAGGGCCGCCCGUCAGACCAUGGAGGGACAGGCCCCAGUCGAGUAUAUAUGACCCUUUUGCGGGGAUGAAAACGCCAGGCCAGCGGCAGCUUAUCACCCUCCAGGAGCAGGUGAAGCUGGGCAUUGUCAACGUGGAUGAGGCUGUGCUCCACUUCAAAGAGUGGCAACUCAACCAGAAGAAACGAUCGGAGUCCUUUCGUUUUCAGCAGGAAAAUCUUAAACGGCUAAGAGACAGCAUCACCCGAAGACAGAGAGAGAAGCAAAAAUCAGGAAAGCAGACAGACUUGGAGAUCACGGUCCCAAUUCGGCACUCACAGCACCUGCCUGCGAAAGUGGAGUUUGGAGUCUAUGAGAGUGGCCCCAAGAAAAGUGUCAUUCCCCCCAGGACGGAGCUGAGACGAGGAGACUGGAAAACAGACAGCACCUCCAGCACAGCAAGUAGCACGAGUAACCGCUCCAGCACCCGGAGCCUCCUCAGUGUGAGCAGCGGGAUGGAAGGGGACAACGAGGUGAGAGCUGGGACUCCACCCCACCUAUCUUGUCCUAGGAGUCAUUUCAUCGCAAGAGAUAGAAACCCAGGUGAAAGGAGCCAGGCACAAAAGGAUAAUGAAGUCCCUGAAGUUACCAGAAGCCGCAGUCCAGGCCCCCCACAAGUGGAUGGGACACCCACUAUGUCCCUCGAGAGACCCCCCAGGGUGCCUCCGAGAGCUGCCUCACAGAGGCCUCCGACCAGGGAGAUCUUCCAUCCUCCUCCACCUGUUCCACCCAGAGGACGCUGAUUCCACCUCCUAAAACCUGCCUACUUCAGGACUUUAAGACUCACAGUCUUCAGCCUGUUAAUGAUGUCUUCAUGUUGAGUUUUACAGCAUGACUGUUGACCUUAAGAUCCAUUCUCAUUGCUGAUAAUGCUGCAGCCCUGCUGGUUUGGGCUUGCCUCGAAGAUUUUAUUAAGGCACGAAGAAGUGAAAAACUAAGGGCUUUAUUCACCAUCACCAAGUAUAUCGAACCAUAUACUUGUUUGCCAAAAGGAUAAAGACUUAAUCGAAAUACUUACCUCUAAUUUGCCAUAUCAGAAGCCUAAAAAGAAUGAUCAUAAAUGUACUUCGCCAGUGAUUUUACUGAAAUGCACUUAUAUUAGUCUUUAUGUAUUUGCUAGUUCAGCCUCAUUUCUAGAAGAGGUUAUAGUGUAAGACUUGUAGUAUUCAAGUAAGAAGAUAAGUGACCUAAUUUUAAAAUAAUUCUUCUACUUUUCUGUAUAUUCAGCAGGGUAUUUAAGUGCUAGGGCUGGUCACACACAACAAACUGAAAAAGACUAGAGAGGGAUUAGUACAAACUCCUCUUAUACAGAAGGCAAAUCUGAGAUUCCACAGAAGUCUGGAACCAAGACUAUUCAGUUGGUUAAAUAAAGAGGUUAGUCUAGACUGGGCCUGCUCAUUCUAGGUCACCACAUUUUCCAUCUCCAAAUAGCCAGGCCCUCUCUCCCUGAAGAAAUGCCCAGAUGUAGAAAUUCAUCAGUGCCUAUUGGUCUUCCAGAAUUUUCCAUCUUCCAUAUCUCCCAGGCAUGAGACUACCAAGUUUGUUUUCUUUUCAAUUUGGGAAUUUAUACUUCAGUAAGGUUUCAACGCAGUUAUGUUUCCAGAGAACAUCUAAAAGUGGUUGGAAACCAGAAGCUGGGGAUUCCAGGGACCCCACUUAGUGCUCUAUUUCCUUUAUAGGUUUUAUUUCUGGUCAUAAAGAGAGGAGGACCUUUGACUUUUUCUUCGUUGAGGGUUCUGAGGAGGAAAAACAAACCUAAAAUAGAAAUACAGUCAGCCUUUCAAACCCAUGGGUUCUGUGUCCGUGGAUUCAACCAACCUUGGAUCAAAAAUAUUUGAAAAAAUUCUACAAAGUUUCAAAAAGCAAAACUUGAAUUUGCUGCAUGCCAAGAACUAUGUUGAAUUCAUGUAAAUGAAGUGAUGUGUAGGCAUUAUAUUAGAUAUUAUAAGAAAUCUAGAAAUAAUUUAAAGCAUACAGGAGGAUGUGCAUAGAUUAUAUGCAAAUACUAUGCCAUUUUAUAUAUGGGACUUGAGCAUUUGUGGAUUUUGAUAUUGGGGGAUCCUGGAACCAAUCCCCCAUGGAUACCAAAGUACGACUGCAGUUAUCUAUUUUUUACAUUCUUAUUAUUACCACCAUGCUCAGUAAGUCCAUUUUUGCAUGGAAUAUGGAGGCUUAAAAUAUGUCAUGAAUUUGGAGUCCCUGGCACAUAAAUCUACCUUCAAAUCAGAGGUCCUUAAUGAUGCCUAAACAUACAGUAAAAUUAGAAUCAGAACUAUUUCUUUCAAAAAUAUUUGAAAUGUGUUUGUUUCCCAUGGGAUUAUUCUCUAUCCCACAUGAAUGUAAAAAAAAAUCCACAUUAAUGAUCCCUUUAAGUACAGUUUUUUUGGGUCUUUUUCUAAUGAUUAAAGGUUCUUUCUCAAUUUCAUUCCUCAGUCCUGCAAAUAAGGACUCAUACUGAAGAGUACUGAAACAAGGACUCUUAACAGCUUCUGGAAUCUUGGGUUUUGUUUUUGUUUUUUGACAUAAAAUACACUAUUGGCCAUGUCCAUCACGAGAGUGUUUGUAGUAAUUAAUUACCUUGUACAGGGCCUGGCACUUAGUAGCAUUCUUCAAAUGUUCCCUCAGUGAUCCUUUUACUCUCCUUGUCACUUAUUUGGGAGAAAUAGGGGCACGUGAGAUAAGAAGAAGAAUAAUUUUGAGUUGGUAUGCUUGCCCUGUUACUUACAGACAGUCUUCAUCAUAGGCAAACUUGAAUUUGAUUAAAAAUAGGGCUGGGAAAAAUAUUCAAUAACUGUAAGCCCCCUUUUGGAUGCCAAAUUUAGAAUUUUGUACAUUCUCUGAUGAACAAGCAUUUAGAUCGUAACAUGGUAAAGCCUAUUACCAGCCAAUGUUGUUAGCAUCUUUGUAUGCACAUCACUGUUAGUGCAAUAUAUGAAUAUUUUGUUGCAUUGUAUUCUUAUAUAAAAGUAAGUAGAAAACAUAAAAUUGAAAUUGCUGAUGAGAAGCCUGUGUCUCAUGAAUGUGAUACACUUGAGACCCGGAUGGAACUGAUCAGGAGUGCCAAGUCAAAAGCGGCAGAUCUUAAGCCCUCACUGGUUGUUCCUUUAAUAUCCAAAAUGGUUGGUUAUAUGUAAAAGAAGAAGAUGAAAGAAUUUGUAUUAAACACUGGGACUGUGUUAUCAAA